AUGCGUGAUGUCAUCAUUUGGAAAAUACGUAGUCAUGUAUGUAUCAAUAAUGGUGCCAUUGAAGCCUCUUCUUUCCUCAAUAUAUGAUCAAUAUAUGCUCAGUAUGUUUGUCUGUUUGUUCUUUCAUUUCAGGCCGGCCGCAUCGACCCCCACCACCCCAAAGUGUGUGGCCACCAAGGCAAUGUCCUGGACAUCAAAUGGAAUCCCUUCUUUGAAAACAUCAUAGCUUCCUGCUCUGAAGAUUCCUCUGUAUGUGCACACACACACACACAGACACACACACAUACACACAUACACACGCACACACACAGACACACACAGACACACACACACACACACACACACACACAGUAAACUGCUGUUUCUGCUGCCUCAUUGACUGUGCUGCUAUGUUAGUUCUGCAUCCCGUAGUCCUUUCACUUAUUAUGGGAUACUCUCCUCAGUACAUCACAGAGCUCCAUCACUGCUGUAAUCCACUUCAAUCCUAAUACCACAACAUUGAUUGUAUGGUCUAUUUUCCAUCAAGGGUACAGCAGCUCUCUAUGCUGACAUUUUCAAUACAAACAUACAAACUGGCAAUCUAAUCACAAAUAGGAUCAGGAAUACAGGAGUGUAUGACUGGCUAAAGUAUCAAAGGUCUAAACGCUGGGUUGACGUUGAAGUGUCAAAGGUACUCUAGCAGAGAAUGAAACAGUUACUUUAUUCAAAUAUAUUUUGUGAAUUUGUUUACUAAAGAUCAGGGGAUUGAUGCUAAUUGUGUUUGUGCGUGUGUGUGUGUGUGUGUGUGUGUGUGUGCGUGCCUGCGUAUGCCAGGUACGAGUAUGGGAGAUCCCCGAGGGAGGGCUGAGGCGGAAUAUGACAGAGGCCAUGAUGGAGCUGUAUGGACACAGCAGGCGUGUGGGCCUCAUCGAGUGGCACCCCACCAGCAGUGGCAUCCUCUUCAGCGCUGGCUACGACUAUAAGGUAUCAUCACAGAUCACUGGCUACGACUGUAAGGUAUCAUCACAAAUCACUGGCUAUGAAUGUAAGGUGUCAUCACAGAUCACUGGCUACAACUGUAAGGUAUCACCACAGAUCACUGGCUAUGAAUGUAAGGUGUCAUCACAGAUCACUGGCUACAACUGUAAGGUAUCAUCACAGAUCACUGGCUAUAAAUGUAAGGUAUCAUCACAGAUCACUGGCUAUGAAUGUAAGGUAUCAUCACAGAUCACUGGCUACGACUAUAAGGUAUCAUCACAGAUCACUGGCUACAACUGUAAGGUAUCAUCACAGAUCACUGGCUACGACUGUGAGGUAUCAUCACAGAUCACUGGCUAUGAAUGUAAGGUAUCAUCACAGAUCACUGGCUACGACUAUAAGGUAUCAUCACAGAUCACUGGCUGCGACUAUAAGGUAUCAUCACAGAUCACUGGCUGCGACUAUAAGGUAUCAUCACAGAUCACUGGCUGUGACUACAAGGUAUCAUCACAGAUCACUACUAGGACUAUAAGGUAUCAUCACAGAUCAUCAGUUAGACUAUAAGGUAUCAUCACAGAUCACUACUAGGACUAUAAGGUAUCAUUACAGAUUACUGGCUGCGACUAUAAGGUAUCAUCACAGAUCACUGGCUGCGACUACAAGGUAUCAUUACAUAUCACUACUAGGACUAUAAUGUAUCAUCCCAUAUCACUAGCUAGGACUAUAAGGUAUCAUCACAGAUCACUGCUAGGACUAUAAGGUAUCAUUCCAGAUCACUAGCUAGACUAUAAGGUAUCAUCCCAGAUCACUAGCUAGACUAUAAGGUAUCAUCCCAGAUUACUACUAGGACUAUAAGGUAUCAUCCCAGAUCACUGCUAGGACUAUAAGGUAUCACUACAGAUCACUGCUAGGACUAUAAGGUAUCAUCCCAGAUCCCUAGCUAGGACUAUAAGGUAUCAUUACAGAUCACUGCUAGGACUAUAAGGUAUCAUCCCAGAUCACUACUAGGACUAUAAGGUAUCAUCCCAGAUCACUGCUAGGACUAUAAGAUAUCAUCCCAGAUCACUAGCUAGGACUAUAAGGUAUCAUUACAGAUCACUGCUAGGACUAUAAGGUAUCAUCCCAGAUCACUAGCUAGACUAUAAGGUAUCAUUACAGAUCACUACUAUGACUAUAAGGUAUCAUUACAGUUCACUGCUAGGACUAUAAGGUAUCAUCCCAGAUCCCUGCUAGGACUAUAAGGUAUCAUCCCAGAUCACUGUUAGGACUAUAAGGUAUCAUUACAGAUCACUGCUAGGACUAUAAGGUAUCAUCCCAGAUCACUAGCUAGACUAUAAGGUAUCAUCACAUAUCACUAGCUAGACUAUAAGGUAUCAUCCCAGAUCACUAGCUAGACUGUAAGGUAUCAUUACAGAUCACUGCUAGGACUAUAAGGUAUCAUCCCAGAUCACUAGCUAGACUAUAAGGUAUCAUCACAUAUCACUAGCUAGACUAUAAGGUAUCAUCCCAGAUCACUAGCUAGACUGUAAGGUAUCAUCUCAGAUCACUACUAGGACUAUAAGGUAUCAUCCCAGAUCACUAGCUAGACUAUAAGGUCUCAUCACAUAUCACUAGCUAGACAAUAAGGUAUCGUCCCAGAUCAUUAGCUAGACUGUAAGGUAUCAUCACAUAUCACUAGCUAGACUAUAAGGUAUCAUCCCAGAUCACUAGCUAGACUGUAAGGUAUCAUCACAUAUCACUAGCUAGACUAUAAGGUAUCAUCCCAGAUCACUAGCUAGACUGUAAGGUAUCAUCACAUAUCACUAGCUAGACUAUAAGGUAUCAUCCCAGAUCACUAGCUAGACUGUAAGGUAUCAUCCCAGAUCACUAGCUAGACUGUAAGGUAUCAUCCCAGAUCACUGCUAGGACUAUAAGGUAUCAUUACAGAUCACUGGCUAGGACUAUAAUGUAUCAUCCCAGAUCACUAGCUAGACUAUAAGGUAUCAUCCCAGAUCACUGCUAGGACUAUAAGGUAUCAUUACAGAUCACUGGCUGUGACUACAAGGUAUCAUCCCAGAUCACUAGCUAGGACUAUAAGGUAUCAUCCCAGAUCACUAGCUAGGACUACAAGGUAUCAUCCCAGAUCACUGCUAGGACUAUAAGGUAUCAUCCCAGAUCACUACUAGGACUAUAAGGUAUCAUUACAGAUCACUGCUAGGACUAUAAGGUAUCAUCCCAGAUCACUAGCUAGACUAUAAGUUAUCAUCACAGAUCACUAGCUAGACUAUAAGGUGUCAUCCCAGAUCACUGCUAGGACUAUAAGGUAUCAUUACAGAUCACUGCUAGGACUAUAAGGUAUCAUUACAGAUCACUAGCUAGGACUAUAAGGUAUCAUCCCAGAUCACUAGCUAGGACUAUACGGUAUCAUCCCAGAUGACUGCUAGGACUAUAAGGUAUCAUCCCAGAUCACUACUAGGACUAUAAGGUAUCAUCCCAGAUCACUACUAGGACUAUAAGGUAUCAUCACAGAUCACUGCUAGGACUAUAAGGUAUCAUCCCAGAUCGCUGCUAGGACUAUAAGGUAUCAUCCCAGAUCACUACUAGGACUAUAAGGUAUCAUCCCAGAUCCCUGCUAGGACUAUAAGGUAUCAUCCCAGAUCACUGCUAGGACUAUAAUGUAUCAUUACAGAUCACUGCAUGGACUAUAAGGUAUCAUCCCGGAUCACUAGCUAGACUAUAAGGUAUCAUCACAUAUCACUAGCUAGACUAUAAGGUAUCAUCCCAGAUCACUAGCUAGACUGUAAGGUAUCACCCCAGAUCACUACUAGGACUAUAAGGUAUCAUCCCAGAUCACUAGCUAGACUAUAAGGUCUCAUCACAUAUCACUAGCUAGACAAUAAGGUAUCAUCCCAGAUCACUAGCUAGACUGUAAGGUAUCAUCACAUAUCACUAGCUAGACUAUAAGGUAUCAUCCCAGAUCACUAGCUAGACUGUAAGGUAUCAUCCCAGAUCACUAGCUAGACUGUAAGGUAUCAUCCCAGAUCACUGCUAGGACUAUAAGGUAUCAUUACAGAUCACUGGCUAGGACUAUAAGGUAUCAUCCCAGAUCACUAGCUAGACUAUAAGGUAUCAUCCCAGAUCACUGCUAGGACUAUAAGGUAUCAUUACAGAUCACUGGCUGUGACUACAAGGUAUCAUCCCAGAUCCCUGCUAGGACUAUAAGGUAUCAUCCCAGAUCACUGCUAGGACUAUAAGGUAUCAUUACAGAUCACUGCAUGGACUAUAAGGUAUCAUCCCAGAUCACUAGCUAGACUAUAAGGUAUCAUCACAUAUCACUAGCUAGACUAUAAGGUAUCAUCCCAGAUCACUAGCUAGACUGUAAGGUAUCACCCCAGAUCACUACUAGGACUAUAAGGUAUCAUCCCAGAUCCCUGCUAGGACUAUAAGGUAUCAUCCCAGAUCACUGCUAGGACUAUAAGGUAUCAUUACAGAUCACUGCAUGGACUAUAAGGUAUCAUCCCAGAUCACUAGCUAGACUAUAAGGUAUCAUCACAUAUCACUAGCUAGACUAUAAGGUAUCAUCCCAGAUCACUAGCUAGACUGUAAGGUAUCACCCCAGAUCACUACUAGGACUAUAAGGUAUCAUCCCAGAUCACUAGUUAGACUAUAAGGUCUCAUCACAUAUCACUAGCUAGACAAUAAGGUAUCAUCCCAGAUCACUAGCUAGACUGUAAGGUAUCAUCACAUAUCACUAGCUAGACUAUAAGGUAUCAUCCCAGAUCACUAGCUAGACUGUAAGGUAUCAUCCCAGAUCACUAGCUAGACUGUAAGGUAUCAUCCCAGAUCACUGCUAGGACUAUAAGGUAUCAUUACAGAUCACUGGCUAGGACUAUAAGGUAUCAUCCCAGAUCACUAGCUAGACUAUAAGGUAUCAUCCCAGAUCACUGCUAGGACUAUAAGGUAUCAUUACAGAUCACUGGCUGUGACUACAAGGUAUCAUCCCAGAUCACUAGCUAGGACUAUAAGGUAUCAUCCCAGAUCACUAGCUAGGACUAUAAGGUAUC